AUGACCGAGUUGCUAGCGAAGCAGCAGACGCUGCUUCAUUCGAUCGCAAACGCUCUUUCCAAUUUCAAAAAACUGGGAAGAAAUAACUACACUCCCGCGAAGAUUCGAUCUAGAAUCAACGCGCUCAAGGACGCUUGGGGCCAGUGCGUAAACGCCCAUGCAGCCCUGAUGCAUGUCACUCCCGAGGACCAGAAGAAGGGUGUCGAGUACUUUGCAUUGCAGCAGUUCGACGAACACGAGGAGCUUUUCCGGACGGCCCUCGACUACAUGACGGAGUGCCUGGAGGAAUUAGAGCCCGUGUCGCCCGCAGCUUCCUUGGCAAGUCCUACGUUUCGAUACGCGGAUCCCCCGUCCUCCUCCGUGUCUCACUUACCGCCGAUUAAAAUUCCACCAUUCUCGGGCAAACCCGAAGAUUGGGAGAGUUUUCGCGAUCGCUUUUCUUCGCUGAUAAUUCAAAACAAGGAAUUAACCGCGUUUUCCCGCAUGCACUUUCUAGCGUCAAGUCUAACGGGUAGCGCUCUCGACGCGAUUAAAACUGUACCAGUCACCGCCGACAACUUUGACAUCGCGUGGAAGAUUCUGCUCUCGCGUUACGACAAUAAGCGUCGCCUCGUCGAUGUCCAUAUUGCCGCGCUGCUCAAUCUGCCUUCAAUCAAUCGGGAGUCGGCGUCUGAAUUAAACGACCUUCGCGAUAAGGCGAAUCGCGCUAUCGCUUCGUUAAAAAAGCUGGACAAAUCCUCCGAAGAGAUUCUGAGCGACAUCCUAGUUCACACAGUCUCGCGAAGGCUCGAUAGCUCUACGCGAAAAGCGUGGAAACUAAAGGGAAGCGAAGACGCGACCAUUCCUACGUUCGAGGAUCUCGACAAGUUCCUUGCAGCACGCUCUCGCGCGCUAGAAGAGCUCAGUCCCUCAAGUUCGACCACCUCGACCAGUCGUGCAAAGGGAUCACGAGUGACGGCUUCGACUGCAUCUACGAUCUCAUGCCCGCUUUGUAACGCUUCUCAUUAUGUAAAUAAAUGCGCUCAAUUUUUGAACCGGAGUCCGUGUCAACGAGUGGAGGUAGUCAAACAGGCAAAGCGCUGUCUAAAUUGUCUUAGUACGAAGCACGCCACUCAAUCUUGCCCGAGCAAGUAUUCAUGUCGGACAUGUCAAAAACGACAUCACACUCUCUUUCACGUUGACCCGGGUUCCGUGUCUGCGGUCACCGCCGUCGCUCCAAACGCGUCGACGCUCUCCGAAACGACGGAAGUCUCAACUGCCAUUUCGAUGUCCGCGGCUUGCGAUUUCCCAUCUCGACCGCCGGUGUUUCUUGCCACCGCACAAAUUCUUGUAACUUCCCCCCUCGGUCGAACGCGCACCGUUCGCGCUCUCCUCGACCCCGGAUCGGAACUUACGCUCAUUUCAGAACGUUUAAGUCGGGAAUUGAAAUUGCGGCGCCUUCGUCUACCUGUCUCGAUUUCCGGGGUCGGAUGCGUAGAUGCCGGAUCGUGUAGAUACGCCGCUAAAUUCGAAAUCUCGUCGAUACAUUCGCCCGAGCCGGCUUUUUCAGUCAUUGCGACUAUCAUGCGCUCACUCACACCAUAUUCUCCGUCGCGUGUCGCGUCUCAAGGAUCGUGGAGUCACUUAGACGGCCUCUCGCUGGCCGACUCAGAUCCAACAAGCGCUGCGCCGAUUGAAGUUAUCAUCGGUGCCGAUCUCUACGGUGAGAUUCUCCUCGAUGGCUGUCGGAAAGAAGAAUUCGGUCAGCCUUACGCGCAGAACACCAUCUUUGGAUGGGUACUCUCCGGACCGACGUCCUCUUCGCCGUUCCUCUCGUCGGCAUCCGUUCAUUGUUGCUCGCAAGUAACGUGCUCACGCGGUGAUUCGCCCACCCUUGACCAGGCAUUGAGACGAUUCUGGGAAGUGGAGGAGAUUCCGCGGAAGGUGGUACUCACUCCGGACGAGUUACAAUGUGAGGAGCAUUUUCUUAAAACGCAUUCGAGUUGUUCUGAUGGGCGGUACAUCGUCCGUCUACCAUUCAAAAAUGGUCCGCCGAUCAAAAUCGGAUCAUCUCGCGGCACCGCUGCUCGCUGUCUCAGCAGCUUACUCCGUCGAUUUCAAAAAUCGCCGGAUCUUCAGAAGGAGUAUUCGGAAUUUUUACGCGAAUAUGAAGAGAUGGGUCACAUGCGGGAGUCGCCUCCGCUCUCCGAAUCGUCUCAAUGCGUAUUCAUUCCUCAUCAUCCUGCCAUCCGCGACGGAAGUAGCACUACGCGUCUCAGGGUAGUAUUUAAUGCAUCGAGCAUUACCUCCAACGCGACCUCACUCAAUGAUCAUAUGUUGGCUGGACCGAAGCUUCAGACCGAGUUAACCGCGGUUAUUUUGCGUUGGCGUCAAUUCAGAUACGUUUAUUCAGCGGACAUCGCAAAAAUGUAUCGACAAAUUCUUGUCGAUCCGCGGGACGUGAAUUAUCAACGCAUUCUCUGGUGCAAAAACGACUCUAGUUGCCCUCGCGAAUAUAAAUUACUCACAUACGGAACCGCGGCCGCUCCGUUCCUGGCGCUUCGAAUACUGCGCCAACUUCUCUACGAUGAAGGACCGGCAUUUCCACUCGCCAUGUCAGUCCUUCAGGAUAACAUAUACGUCGAUGACGUGCUCUUUGGCGCCGAUGACAUUCCGCUCCUGCGUCAGACGCGCGAUCAGACGUGCGCGGUGUUGGGCCGGGGCGGGUUUCAGUUGCGAAAAUGGUCUAGCAACUCCUCUCGACUGCUCGACGACAUUCCUGAAGAGAAUCACGGUCUCGCCUGUAGCAAAACUCUGCAGGAAGACGAGCAGCUAAAAAUUCUGGGAAUUAGCUGGAGUCCGUCGCAGGACGCGUUUCAAUUCCGCGUGUCCGUUCCAUCCUCGAUUCCUCAAGCUGUGCAAAUCCGCGUCGACUGGGAUGAGGAUAUUAAUGCUAGUCUAGGCGAUGAAUGGUUGUCGAUCGAGAACUCUCUCAAGGCCAUCGAUGGCCUCCUCAUUGAUCGGUGGAUACGGAAGGGUGCGGACACCGUCAUGUGCGAAGUACACGGAUUUUCAGACGCGUCUCAGAAAGCCUACGCGGCCGCCGUAUACAUUCGCUUAGCCUCGUUAUCGGGCGAACGGUCGUCGAUGCUGCUUCUCAGCAAAUCGAAAGUUGCGCCAAUAAAACCGUGGAGCGUGCCACGGCUGGAACUGGCUGCGGCCGUGUUACUCUCGCGCCUUGUGGAAUUUACACUGGAGUCACUGCGGCUUCCAGACACGACUCCGUGUUACUGUUGGACGGAUUCCACAGUGGUUCUCGCCUGGGUGACUCAACACCCGUCGCGGUGGAGGACGUUUGUCUCAAAUCGUGUCGCCGAUAUUCAAACCCGCCUCCCUAAUGCCGCUUGGCGGCACGUCUCCACUGAUGACAAUCCCGCUGAUUGCGCGUCUCGCGGCAUUCUCGGGAGUCAGCUCGCGUCACACGAUCUCUGGUGGAGUGGUCCGUCGUGGUUGCGUCUUGCCAGCUCUGACUGGUCAUCGCCGAUCGCCCCCACUCCUGCCGGAGAGCUACCCGAACAAAAAUCUGAGAAAAACGUGAACCUGGUCGGGCAGCUGGAGCCGUGGGAUCUUGCUUCGCGAUAUUCGUCAUGGCCGAAACUGCUCCGGGUCACGGCAUACAUCCUGCGGUUUGUGUCUCGGAGAGAUUCAUUUCCACUCGAUCGGCACGCUCUUCGGUCAGGAAAACCUCUCGCCUCGAAAAGCAGUCUCAAUCUGCUCACUCCGUUCCUUGACGAAGAGGAACUAAUUCGCGUUGGCGGGCGGCUCGCUCAUGCCCCGCUCCCGUUCACCACCAAACAUCCUAUUGUGCUAACAUUUCACCCGUUGGUUGAGUUGAUCGUGCAGAACGCUCAUUUGCGAUCACUCCAUGGUGGCACUCAACUGACUCUCAAUGUGCUGCGGCAGGAAUUCUGGCUGCUUCGCGGACGCAGUGUCGUCAGAGUUCAUAAGUGCGUUGUAUGCGCACGCGAACGCGCCGCGAUUCCGACACAACUCAUGGGAAAUCUCCCUCAAGUGCGAGUGUCGCCUCCUUCGAGAGCCUUCCUGAGUUGCGGCCUUGACUAUGCUGGACCAAUUCUCAUCCGAUCUAUGUCCGGUCGUGGAAUCGCGUCGCGAAAGGCAUACAUUGUCAUAUUCAUCUGCAUGGCCACUCGUGCCGCCCAUCUGGAGAUUGUAGACGGGUACGCCACUCCUGCGUUUCUAGCGGCAUAUGCCAGAUUCGUUGCUCGACGAGGUCUUCCUAAGUCCAUCUACUCGGACAACGGAACCACGUUCGUCGGCGCCGACCGAGAAAUGACGAUCGCCUUUCGCGCGGCGCUGCGCAACUCGGAUUUUCUAAAUCGAACCGCCACCGACAACACCAGUUGGCACUUCAUACCUCCGUCCGCGCCUCACUUCGGCGGUCUCUGGGAGGCGGGGGUGCGAAGUGUCAAGCAUCAUCUCCGUCGCAUGAUAGGAGCUCAUACGCUCACAUACGAAGAGAUGUCCACUCUCCUCUGUGGCAUCGAAGCGUGCCUCAACUCAAGGCCGCUAGCGCCGCUCUCUGACGCGCUCGACGAUUAUGAACCGUUAACGCCGGGACAUUUUUUGAUCGGCGGUGCAUUAACCGCUCGCCCUGAACCAUCUACGCUCAAUAUUAAAGAAAGUCGCCUCACGCGAUGGCAGCUCAUUCGCCAGAUGACGGAACAAUUUUGGAAAAUCUGGCAGAGUGAUUAUGUUAAUACUCUCCAGCAGAGAACUAAGUGGAGACGCCAACUUCAAACCGAUGUUCGCGUUGGGCAGCUAGUCUUGCUUAGAAACUCGCUUCUUCCGCCGUGCAAAUGGGAAUUGGGCCGUAUAAUAAUGUGUCAUCCUGGCUCCGACGGGCUCUCGCGAGUCAUCACCGUAAAAACAGCUACGUCGGAAUACAAGCGUCCGCUGAGUAAACUUUGUUUUCUGCCGAUCGACAUUGAGCAACAAUCGAACACUGACGGCGAGCCUUCGAAAUAG